AUGGGCCAGAGUCUUUCGCAGAGCAGCCGAAGCCCAAUUUCCAGCAGCUGCAAGCCCAACCCGAGCCUGGACGACGUCUUCUUCUAUAGCGUCAACGAGAUUCGAGAAAAUGUAUUCUCCAUGUUCUCGUUCUCUUCUUCGUCUGCCUCCUGGACGGUGCCCGAGUUGGAGCGAGAGAAGCUGGAGCGCGUGAAGAAGGUGACGCGGGUCUACUGGUGCUCUGAGCCCCUGAAUGAGCUGGGACAGCUGAAGGUGCUGAGCCCGCGCUCACUGCCAAGGUGGCUCGCCAUGCGAGCCUCGCGGGAGCUGGAGGGCCCGGCCUCCUGGGAACUGGGACACUCCUUCGCGCUGGUGGACGUGGAGCUCUCUCCGGAGGCAGAAGAGGGCCGCAGCUUUGAGAGAUAUCGCUUGAACUGGGGCGCGGGCCGACAUCACAAUAUGAACCUACUCAUCGAGCGUCAGGAACGAGUCCCCUCGCGACAACUCACCGGGGAGCGGUUGGAGAAGGAUCUCUUGCAGCGCUGGGAUGGACAGCCCUACGACGCCAACGCUGCGAACAAUCGGAACUGCCACCACUUUGUGCAGGAGCUUAUCCACACGUGCACUCGACAUGCUGGACACGAGGACACAGAUCGUCCUGCGUGA